AGUCCCGAGGCUUUGCUGGAGGGACACAGAGGAGCGCGUACAAGGAGUAGCAGGUCUGAAACCUGGAGGUCCUCGUGACAAGGAGUUCCACUUAGCCCCGGGUUGGAAUUUUACAGUCAGAGGACAUAUUUCUCCAGGAUUAAAAGCUUCUGGAGGAUUGAGGAUGGCGACCAACUCCGAGGGCGUCAAGCCGGUCAUCAUGAAUGAAGAGGAGCUGAAGAGGAAGCAGCGGGAGAAGCUGAAGAAGCUUCAGGCCACAGGGGGCAACCCCAGACCCGCAAGGUCCCUCUUCUUCUUCACUCUUAGAAACCCCUUCCGUAAGGCCUGCAUCAACAUUGUGGAGUGGAAAACCUUUGAGAUCAUAAUUUUAUUGACCAUCUUUGCCAACUGUGUCGCUUUGGCCGUGUUUCUACCCAUGCCUGAAGAAGACAGUAAUAACACCAAUUUAAGCUUGGAAAGUCUGGAGUACAUAUUCUUGAUCAUCUUCACCUUAGAGUGCUUUCUGAAGAUAGUGGCAUACGGGUUUGUGUUCCACGAAGGUGCUUAUUUACGAAACUGCUGGAACAUAUUGGAUUUUGUCAUCGUCUUCAUGGGUCUGGUCACCUUUGCCUUGGAUACCAUCAAUACGAUAUCAGGUGUUCCACUUGAGAAAGGAGGAGGCUUUGACAUGAAGGCACUGAGGGCCUUUAGGGUGCUGAGGCCCUUACGCCUUGUCUCUGGAGUCCCCAGCCUCCAGGUGGUGAUGAACUCCAUCCUCAAAGCCAUGCUUCCUCUACUGCACAUCGCCCUGCUGGUCUUCUUAUUGGUCACCAUCUAUGCCAUCAUGGGACUGGAGCUCUUCAAGUGCAAAAUGCAUAAAACCUGCUAUUACACGGGCACAAACAUCUAUUCAACAGCAGAGGGGGAGAUGCCAGCACCCUGUGCUCAGGCUGGCAAUGGCCGUCGCUGCAUCAUUAACGGCUCGGAGUGUCGGCCGGGCUGGGAAGGUCCAAAUAAUGGCAUCACCCACUUUGAUAACAUUGGUUUUGCCAUGCUUACAGUCUAUCAGUGUAUCACCAUGGAGGGAUGGACUAAAGUUCUCUACUGGAUCAACGACGCCAUAGGAAAUGAAUGGCCUUGGGUCUAUUUUGUUCCUCUAAUUCUUCUGGGCUCCUUCUUUGUGCUCAAUCUGGUUCUGGGCGUGCUCAGUGGAGAGUUUACCAAAGAACGAGAGAAGGCCAGGUCACGAGGAGAAUUCCAAAAGUUGAGGGAGCGUCAACAACUGGAUGAAGACCUUCACGGCUACAUGGAGUGGAUCACUCACGCUGAGGUCCUGGAUGCUGAUAGAGAGGGCAAAGGUCUCCUACCUUUGACCAGUGGAGAUUCUGACACCGACAGCCUGUUCGACCUGGAGGGCAAGAGUCGAGUGAUCUACUAUUAUCGCCUGGCCCGUCGUUGGAACCGAUUCUUCAGGAUGAAGUGUUUGGUUUAUGUGAAAACAAGAGCAUUUUACUGGCUGGUGAUGUUUCUCGUCCUCCUCAACACACUGACCAUCGCGACAGAGUACCACCAUCAACCCCUUUGGCUCACAUCCCUUCAAGAUGUGGCAAGCCGUGUCCUCCUGGUGCUCUUUGUCAUUGAGAUGUUUGUGAAGAUGUACGCUUUGGGUCCCAGGGCAUAUUUCAUGUCGCUCUUCAACCGUUUUGAUUUCUUCGUGGUGAUCUGCGGUAUCCUGGAGAUGAUCAUGCUGUCGGUGGGAGAGGUGACUCCUCUGGGUUUCUCUGUGCUCAGGUGUAUUCGCCUUCUGAGGAUCCUCAAAGUCACAAAGUAUUGGACCUCUCUGAGUAACCUUGUAGCCUCACUCCUCAACUCUGUUCGCUCCAUCGCAUCCUUGCUCCUUCUCCUCUUCCUCUUUAUCGUCAUCUUCUCACUGCUAGGCAUGCAGGUGUUUGGAGGGAAAUUCAACUUUCCUGACCAUAGGCCCAGGCGAAGCAACUUUGACAACUUCCCUCAGGCCCUCAUUAGCGUGUUCCAGAUCUUAACAGGGGAGGAAUGGACCGCCAUUAUGAACAAUGGCAUUAUGGCCUACGGCGGACCAGUCUUCCCUGGCAUCCUGGUUGCAAUAUACUUCAUCGUCCUCUUUGUCUGCGGAAAUUACAUUCUUCUCAAUGUCUUCUUGGCCAUCGCAGUCGACAACCUGGCAGAAGCUGAGAGUCUGACCUCAGCUCAGAAAGAGAAAGCGGAGGAGAAGAUGAGGAGAAAGCUUCUACGGUCCAAAAUGCCUGACAAGACAGACGAGGAGAGAGAGAGAAUCUCCAAGAAACUGGCAGAGCAGAGAGCCAAGAUGGAAGGCAUGCCAACCACAGCCAAGCUCAAAGUUGAUGAGUUUGAGUCCAAUGUCAAUGAAGUCAAAGAUCCCUUCCCUCCUGCAGACUUCCCAGGUGAUGAUGAAGAGGAGGAGCCUGAAAUCCCCAUCAGCCCUCGGCCCCGACCCAUGGCCGACCUGCAGUUGAAGGAGGAAGCUGUUCCAUUGCCUGAAGCCAGUUCCUUUUUCAUCUUUGGCCCACAAAACAAGUUCCGUAAACUGUGCUACAAGAUUAUCAACGCCUCCUCCUUCACUAAUCUAAUCCUCCUGUUCAUUCUGCUGUCCUCCAUCUCCCUGGCAGCGGAGGACCCCAUUGAUCCGAAAUCAUACAGAAACCAGAUCUUAGCCUAUGCUGACAUUGUCUUCACAACAGUGUUCACCAUUGAGAUUGUACUGAAGAUGACCGUUUAUGGAGCGUUCAUGCACGAGGGUUCCUUCUGUCGCAACUCCUUCAACAUCCUGGAUCUGAUUGUGGUUGGAGUCUCCCUGCUCUCUAUGGGAAUGGAAUCCAGUGCCAUCUCUGUGGUGAAGAUUCUCAGGGUGCUCAGAGUGCUAAGGCCACUCAGGGCAAUCAAUAGAGCCAAAGGCUUAAAGCAUGUGGUCCAGUGUGUGUUUGUGGCCAUCAAAACCAUUGGCAACAUUGUCCUGGUCACCAUGCUGCUCAAUUUCAUGUUUGCCUGUAUUGGAGUGCAACUUUUCAAGGGGAAAUUAUAUAGCUGCACAGACCCGUCCAAAAUUACAGAGGAGGAAUGCCAGGGAUUCUUCUUGAAGCACAUAGAGAAUUCUCUGCAGGACACGGUGGUGGCGAAACGAGAAUGGCUCAACAAUGACUUUAACUUUGACAAUGUGCUCUAUGGCAUGCUGGCUCUCUUCACUGUCUCUACAUUUGAGGGUUGGCCAAAACUCUUGUAUAGAGCCAUAGAUUCAGACGAAGAAGACAUGGGGCCGGUCUUCAACAACCGUGUGGAUGUUUCCAUCUUUUUCAUCAUCUACAUCAUCCUCAUCGCCUUCUUCAUGAUGAACAUCUUCGUGGGUUUCGUCAUCGUCACCUUCCAGGAGCAAGGCGAGCAGGAGUACAAGAACUGUGAGCUGGACAAGAACCAGCGCCAAUGUGUGCAAUAUGCCUUGAAAGCUCGACCCCUGAGGUGCUACAUCCCCAAAAACCCAUACCAGUACAGGGUCUGGUACAUCGUCACCUCCUGCUACUUUGAGUACCUGAUGUUCUUCCUCAUCAUGCUCAACACAUUGUGUCUGGGGAUGCAACACUGUAACCAGUCAGACCAUGUGACCAAGCUGUCUGACACUCUCAACUUGAUCUUCACUGUGCUCUUCACAGUGGAGAUGAUUCUCAAGCUCAUGGCCUUCAAAGCAAAGGGUUACUUUGGAGACCCGUGGAACGUGUUUGACUUCAUCAUUGUCAUCGGUAGUGUUGUUGAUGUCAUCCUCAGUGAAGUGGACACACGUAUAACCGUGGCCCAGAAUGGUGCCAGCACAACUAGCUCACAGAACAUGACUGCCCUAGCUGCCAGUGGAGGACUGUACUGUCUCCAAGGCUGUGCUGACACGAAUCCCUUGCAAGCAAUCGCAGCCUCGGAAAAUGCCUCAGUUUCUAUCACGUUUUUCCGACUCUUCCGUGUCAUGCGUCUGGUCAAGCUAUUGAACCGUUCCGAGGGCAUCCGUAACCUCCUGUGGACUUUCAUCAAGUCCUUCCAGGCUCUUCCUCACGUGGCUCUGCUCAUUGUGAUGCUCUUCUUCAUCUAUGCUGUCAUUGGGAUGCAGAUUUUCGGGAAGAUAGCCUUAGUGGAUGGCACCGAAAUCAACCGCAACAAUAACUUCCAGACAUUCCCCCAGGCAGUUCUCAUGUUGUUCCGGUGUGCUACUGGAGAAGGUUGGGAGGAAGUCAUGAUGGCUUCUAUGUACGGGAAGAAGUGUGACCCCAAGUCUGACUUCCUGCCUAGAGAGGAGUACACUUGUGGCUCCAACUUUGCCGUCUUCUACUUCCUCAGCUUCUACUGUCUCUGUGCCUUCUUGAUCCUCAACCUGUUUGUUGCUGUCAUCAUGGACAAUUUUGACUACCUGACACGUGAUUGGUCCCUGCUUGGUCCACACCACCUGGAUGAGUUUAAGAAGAUCUGGGCUGAAUAUGACCCAGAAGCCACAGGGAGAAUUAAACAUCUAGAUGUGGUGACGCUGCUACGACGCAUCCAGCCUCCGCUGGGCUUUGGCAAGUUCUGUCCUCAUCGAGCAGCUUGUAAGCGUUUAGUUGGCAUGAACAUGCCUCUCAACAGCGAUGGCACCGUCACCUUCAAUGCCACCCUCUUUGCUCUGGUCAGAACAGCACUCAAGAUCAAGACAGAAGGAAACUUCGAGCAGGCCAAUGAGGAGCUCAGAGCUAUCAUAAAAACAAUCUGGAAGCGCACAAGCAUGAAGCUGUUGGACCAGGUCAUCCCCCCAAUAGGAGAUGACGAGGUCACCGUAGGAAAAUUCUACGCCACUUUCUUGCUCCAGGAUCAUUUACGUAAGUUCCUGAAGCGUCAGGAAGAAUACUACGGCUACCGGCCCACUAAGAAGAGUGCCUCGGGCCCCGAGAUCCAAGCAGGUCUGAGGAGUAUCGAGGAUGAGGCAGCUCCAGAAAUGCAUAGGGCCAUUUCUGGAGACCUGCAGAAUGAGGAAGAGAUGGACAGAGCUAUGGAGGACGCUGGAGAAGAGCAUAUUUACCAGCGUACACAUGGCUUGUUUGGGAAUCGCAUGGAGUCAUUCUCCGCUGAGAAUGCCAACACGCAGUCCCCACAUAUGACCAACCAGAGGCCCCUCAAGUUCUUGGAAAACCACCCCGAGUCAGCACCUAUCUCCUCUGUUGAGGAUGCUAUUGCAGACUUUUUCCCAACCACGACACCCAAAAACAACACUAACAACAACGCUUUUGCAGAGUUUUCAUUGGAAAGAGAAGGCAGUCCAGAAGAGUUGUAUAAUCCCAGUGAGGAUGCAGAGCCAGAGAACCUCCACUCCUGGAACUUCACAGUGAGAACAGACAGAACACAGUUCCCUUAUGAGCCGAGGCUCAGUGACAGUCCAAAUGGCAGCUCCCAUAGUGCUGCUGACCAAUUUGUCCAGGAGGAGAUGGUCGAUGCCACACCACUAGAAGACAUGGAGGGCGUAGCUCGCGCUCUCCUCAACCAACGGCCCCGCUGCGUGGCCCCUGUCAAAAAGAAACGCCCUGUCCCUGUGCCUCCUGGCACCCAGGCGGAGGCAUCCAGGGAACCAGAGCGGCCAGAUCCGGCCGUGAGGAGGAAGAGGCGUCCUGUUCCUACCGCUUCCUCUGCUCAUGCCCAACAUAGAUCGGAGCUGCCUGAGGCUGACUACAAUGUUUAGAGGUCACAUGGACAUGCAGACGUGGUUAUCGCGGGAUUUUUUUUUUAAAGGUGACUGAAUCGUGAUGGUCUGAAAGGCAGGUUUUAUCAGGCUUAAAGUCAAAUGUGGUUGAAACACAUUGAUGAGGCACGACGACGUCCUAAGUGGUAUAAUAGAGCUGAUAAACCAGAAAAUCAGUCCACUUGGUGGAACUGGAGAAUAAAUGAUAGUAUGUGGCCUUUGAUCAAGAGACCUUUUCUGAAUCAGUUUUUAUGUUUUAAUAGCUGAUGUUUACAGAGUUUUCUCUUCUGGGUUUAAUACUUGGUUCCCAGCAAAUGUCAGAAAAAAACAUUGCUGUAUUUAACAACUUUCCUCAGCAAACUAUGUGGUUGCUUUAGCCUGUAUGGUAGGUAGGGAGUCACAUUGCAACUUUUAACGUUUUCACUCUACCUUUGCAAGCUGUACCUUUGCAAAGGCGUUGAACUUAAGAUGCGUUAUAAUGGAAUUAGUGUCAUAGCACACCGAAGCUAGCUUGGAAACUGGUUUCCGAAAGACAUAUUCACUUUCUGCAGAGCUGCAAAGCAUUUCGUGUUUUUUUGCAACAUGCAAAGAUUUGUCUGCCCUUCAAAUGACUGGAACUGUUUGAAUAUGUUCUCUACUAUCAGCCUUUUGUGAAGGCAGUUUGGAUUAUGUUUGUAGCUCAAAUUCCUUGCCUUCAUUUUUCUUUAUGGUUGAUGGAAUAUUGGGUUUUUAAACCGCUGC